CUUAGGUGCGGACUGGAGUUUCGGUGUUUCUUUUCAAACUCCUCGUUUUACAGUACUUAAUGGACAUACAUGGGAAGAUGUGGCUCCGGAAGCCGUGCCAUUUAUAUGUCAUCGAAAUCCUGGAAGGGAAUUCCGUGCUGCCCAGGAGGUCCUCGACGCCGGGUGCACGUGCCCCCCAGUUCGGUUUUCUGGACAUCUUUCCAAAAGUCACCUGCAGGCCUCCCAAAGAGGUGCAGGACAUGGAGCUGAGUCCUGAGAGGAGCGACCGAGAGCCCGGGAUGGAUCUCGUAGAGUUCUGCAGCGAGACUUUCCAAAGACCUUACCAAUAUUUAAGACGAUUCCAUCGAAACGAAAACCUAGACCGGUUUCAGUACCAAGAAGGCUCCAUUGAAGGCAACCCACAGGAAUGCCUCCAACAUUUCCUGAUUUACUGUGGGGUGAUAAACCCAUCCUGGUCGGAGCUUCGGAACUUCUCGAGGUUCUUGAAUUACCAACUGCGAGACUGUGAGGCCUCUCUCUUCUGCGAUCCGGAUGUCAUUGGAGACACCUUGAGGGGCUUCAAGAACUUUGUGGUGACGUUCAUGAUCUUUAUGGCAAGAGACUUUUCCACACCGACACUUGACACCUCUGACCAAAGCCCAGGGAGUUACACGGUCCCCAUGGAUGGGGUUAAGGAAGAAGAUUUGGCCCCUUUCUCCCUCCGGAAAACGUGCCCGCUGUCCCGGCCUCGGCCGCAGAGCGGCGUGGAGGCUUCCUGCAGCCCUGCGCGCCCGCCGUGGCGGCCACCCGUGGGCUCAGCGCAGGGCGGGCCCCGGUGA